AUGAGUCAUACAGUGCUUGGAUUACUGGAGAAGAUGGACUCCAAUGAUACCGAUUUUCGGUACAUGGCCGCAAACGAUUUAAUGAACGAUCUUCAAAAACCUGACUUCACCUUGGACGAAACUAAUGAAAAAAAAGUUGUUCAAAAAGUUUUAAAACUAAUGGAUGACGCUAAUGGCGAGGUGCAAAACCUGGCAGUUAAAUGUCUCGCGCCACUUGUUAAAAAAGUUCGGGAAACACAACUAGCUGAAAUCAUUGACAAGCUUUGUGAAUACGCUACACAGAAAAAAGAAGAAUUACGUGACAUUGCUGGCAUUGGAUUGAAAACUGUCAUUGUGGAAAUACCAAGUAAUUCACCAAAUGCUGGCAGUGUAGUGCAGAGAUUGAUUCCAAAACUUCUUUCACAACUAGAAAAUUCAAAGGCCACGUAUGAAGUGCAAAUGGAUACUUUGGAUAUCCUAAGCGAGCUCCUUGCUCGUUUUGGUAGCUCGGUGGGUAACAAUGUAGCAUCUCAAAAACGAAUUCAGAACGUUUUGGUGCCUCUGUUGAGCCAUUCGCGCCCAGCAUUUAGAAAGAGAACUACUACUGCUCUUGGUAAUCUUGUGACACAUACUCCCGAUGAUUUAUUUAACGAACUUGUGCAAAAAUUAUUGGCUGAAUUUGAAAGGGCUCAAAAUCAGAAAGAUAACUUAAAAACUCUAAUUCAAUGCGUUGGUACAUUAAGUGCUCCACGACUAGGAAAGUAUUUACCUCAAUUCCUACCGCUGGUGUUCGUCAAUAUUAACAUAAAUGAUGAUGAAUUGCGCGAAAAUUGUUUACAGGCGCUUGAAUCUUUUGUAUUGCGAUGUCCAACGGAAAUUACACCAGACAUCAACACCAUCAUCGAUCUUGGCUUAGUAUAUUUGAAAUAUGAUCCUAAUUAUAACAGUGAUGAGAUGGCAGAUGAUGAUGAUGAUGCUAAUAUGGACGAAGAUGAGGAAAUGGCAACUGAAGAUGAAGAGGAAGAGGAAGAUGAUGAGGAUUAUUCUGAUGACGAUGAUAUCUCUUGGAAAGUGCGCCGUUCUUCGUCGAAACUCCUGGCUUCUAUUAUCGGCACAAGACACGAGCUUCUCUCUCAACUAUAUAAUAAUGUUGCACCAGCUUUAGUCAGCCGAUUUAAAGAGCGAGAAGAGUCUGUCCGAGUGGAUAUACUUCAAACAUUCAUUGUUCUUCUCAGGCAAACACAUGUUUAUGGUGGGGAUGGUUAUAUUCCAAGAGAAAACGAUCACGAGCCAAAGCGAAGAAGAGCCAUUGGUCCAAGUGAAUCACAAGAAAGCCCCAAACAGAUGCUGCGAAACCUGGUUCCGAGACUAAGCCGUAAUCUUUCUAAGCAACUUGUCUCUAAAUCGAUUAUAACGAAACAGACAGGCUUUCUGCUUCUGCGAGAAUUAGUCACAGUAUUAAAUGGGGGACUUGAUAAUCAUCUGAAUACUUUUAUACCUGCGAUUGAGAGUUCUUUAUCUACAUCGUCAGAUACAUCACACCAUCAUGCAAGCACAAACUCUAAUCUUAAGAUUGAGACUUUAAGUUUCCUUCGGCAGUUGUUUAAAGUUCAUCCACCCCAAGUUUUUCAUAAGUAUCUUGCACGAUUAUGCCCACCAAUAAUUUCAUCCGUACAAGAUAGCUUUUAUAAAAUAACAUCUGAAGCCUUUUUGGUCUGUAUUGAAUUGAUUAAAGUCAUCCGUCCUAUCGAAUAUCAGGAGAACACGCAAACAUACAAUGUGCAACCGCUCAAUCCUGAGUUCCGAAGAUUCAUACUGGACAUUUAUAAUGUUACUAUUGCGCGUCUUUCAACUCCUGAUGCAGAUCAAGAAGUCAAAGAACGAUCUAUAAUGUGUUUGGGAGUUCUUAUUUCACAAGCCGGAGAUAAUUUGCAAGAUGAACUUAAAGUGUGUAUGCCAAUAUUAUUGGAACGCCUGCGAAAUGAAGUUACUCGCUUGACUACUGUCAAGACCUUCACGAAUAUAGCCGAUAGUACUAUAUGUGAAAGUGAAGAUGUAAAGAUAGCGAUAAUAGGUGCAAUUCAGGAAGUUGCGAGUCUCCUUAGAAAGCAUCAUCGUCAACUAAAAGUAGCGGCUUUAGUAUGCCUUGAAGUAUUUGUGCGCCGGUAUGGAAAGUUCCUUACUGCAGAGAGUUAUUCCCAUGUUCUUGUAGAAUUAACGCCUCAUAUUUCCGACCAAGACCUCCAUCUAUUACCAUUGGCAUUGAACACAGUGGUUUCUGUUCUACGUACUAAUCCUGCCUCACUAGAACCCGUAAACAAUGAUAUUCUACCGUCAAUUUUUCAACUUGUGCAGUCGACUCUCGUUCAAGGGGCUGCAUUGGACAGUUUGCUUAUUUUAUUCCGUACCUUAAUUGAAACUGAUGAAGAUCAUUUCAAUAAACUAUUGAAUGGACUAUUGUCUCCUAUUCAAAAGACACAAUCUGAAGACAUCAAAUCAGCCGCUGCUUUCGCACUUGGAAAUGUUAGUGCUGGCAAUGUUAGCAAAUAUUUACCGAUUGUCAUUUCAGAAAUCAACUCUGAUCAAAGGAAGCGGUAUUUGUUGCUACAUUCGCUUAAAGAGGUGUAUGGUGUCAAAGCAUUAGGUCCUUUUGCCGAUGAUAUUUGGAAUAUAUUGUUUCAAAGUGGUGAAAAUAUAGAAGAAGGAACUAGAGGUGUUGUGGCGGAAUGUCUUGGAAAAUUGACCUUAGCAAACCCAAAUAAAUUUCUGCCUGAAUUACAGAAACGUCUUCGAUCUGAUUCUGCACAAACUCGUGGCACUGUUGUCACAGCCAUCAAGUUCACCUUUAUUAAUCAAGGCCAAGAAUAUGAUGAGCUGCUACGACCUCUUAUUGUUGAUUUCUUGUCUCUGAUUCAAGAUAAUGAUUUGAACGUCCGGAGACUUUCAUUAUCUACACUGAACUCCGCCGCACAUAAUAAGCCUUAUUUAAUUCGUAAUGUUUUAGAUCAAUUAUUACCAUUACUUUAUGAAGAAACACUCGUUAAGGAUUCUCUUAUCCAUAUGGUGGAGAUGGGGCCAUUUAAACAUAAAGUAGAUGAUGGUCUUGACAUCAGAAAGGCAAAUUCUGCAUACGAAUGUAUGUACACAUUGCUUGAAACUUGUCUUGACAAGCUGGAAAUUUUCAACUUCCUUACACGUGUGAUUGAAGGAUUGUCCGAUCAACAUGAUAUCGCUAUCCUCUCGCAUACAAUGUUAAUACGGUUGGCCCAUGUUGCUCCAACUGCUGUUUCACAAAGGUUGGAUGAAACAGUAGAACCAUUGAAAGGAACCUUAUCGUAUAGAAUGAAAGAUAACGCAGUCAAAUCGGAAAUCGAUAAAAAUAAUGAAUUAUGUCGAUCUGCUGUUAGAACUGCCGUAGUUCUGAACAAACUUGCCGAACAAGCUGGAAGUACGCCUAAAUUCGACGCUUUCGUGAAAGAUACCAAAAUUGGAUCAUGGAGUGAUCAAUAUAAUAUUUAUCAAAAUGAAUUGGAAAGUAAGGAAUCUGGCUCAGGGCACGUUGGUGAUAGCAUGGACACGUCGUAA